CUUCCUCCUGACAUAUGAAAACAAUACAUAAACAAAUAGAGGAAGGACUGCGAUGUUACAUCUCUCUCUAUCUCUCCAUUGAAGAGCUGCAAAUCCGGCAGCUCAACUAAAGGACUCGAAAUUUGUUCCUGGGCUUUUGUUAAGGAUACCUUUAUAGUAAGAUCAUCUUGUUAUAGCCUCGAUAAUUGCUCAAGCAUUUGUUUUCAGUCCAGAAGAAGCAGAGAAUGGUCACAAGGCAUGGAGCAUUUUGAUGUGCACAAAAUACAAUGUCACAGUGCGUAGAGGGGAUUAAGCAUUUAGGUGCUUCCCUGCUGCGAUGUUGUGAUCUUGACUUUAAUAGGCAAUCAAGAGGCCUUGAAGAUCCUGAAAUCCUUGCAAGAGAGACUGUCUUUAGUGUAAGCGAAAUUGAAGCACUAUAUGAGCUCUUUAAGAAGAUCAGCAGUGCUGUGAUUGAUGACGGGCUGAUCAACAAGGAAGAGUUUCAGUUGGCAUUAUUCAAGACAAACAAAAAAGAAAGCCUGUUUGCAGAUAGGGUGUUUGAUUUGUUUGAUACGAAGCAUAAUGGAAUCCUUGGGUUUGAGGAGUUUGCUCGUGCGCUCUCUGUGUUUCACCCCAAUGCCCCAAUUGAUGAUAAAAUUGAUUUUUCCUUUCAACUAUAUGAUCUUAAACAACAAGGUUUCAUUGAGAGGCAAGAGGUGAAGCAAAUGGUUGUUGCCACCCUCGCUGAAUCUGGUAUGAACCUUUCGGAUGACGUUAUUGAGAGUAUAAUCGAUAAGACCUUUGAGGAAGCUGAUACUAAGCAUGAUGGGAGGAUUGACAAGGAAGAAUGGAGAAGUCUUGUCUUACGGCAUCCUUCUCUUCUCAAGAAUAUGACCCUUCAAUAUCUCAAGGACAUCACUACCACAUUCCCGAGCUUUGUGUUUCAUUCAAGAGUUGAGGACACCUGAUUGCAGAUUGGGUUUUUUGAGUUUAUUAGGCGGUUAUGUAGAAAGUUUGGUUUGUUAUUAAAUGCGCAGUGCCUGCCCUGACCUUGAUAAUCAGCUUAUUGGCUCGUUUGUUUCAGUAUUGACAUUUGAUACAUAAAAUUCGUGGGUUUGAUUCUUUUGCUCCUUAAGUUAGA